CCGAUUCCUAAUGGGAGGAUUCCUCUCCAAACAUCACCACCUCACUGCAGUCCACGAUGCCACGUGUGGCCCAAUAAAAGGUGUCGGAUAUGAGCAAGAAGACGGUUCAGUGGUGGAGGGGUUCCUUGGAAUCCCGUACGCCGAGCCACCAAUUGGAGCCUUGCGCUUUAAGAAGCCAGUUGCUCAUCGGAAAUGGACGGAGCCGCUGGAUUGUGUUAGGUUCGGGCCAAGGAGUCCGCAAAAUGAUGAGCUACUAGGGCAGUUUGUGAACACAGUCGGGAAAAGUGAGGAGCACUGUCUCAGCCUGAACGUAUUCACUCCAAAGUGGGAGUCAAAUGAAUGGCCCGACGGCUUCCCAGUGAUGGUCUUCAUCCAUGGCGGAGGCUUCGCUGUUCACUCAUCCAGCAACUACGGCUGCGCUUCCAUCGCACGAAACCUUUGCACCAAGGACGUCGUCGUCGUGACCAUUAACUACCGCCUCGGCGUCCUUGGAUUCUUCACCACCGGCGACGAAGUGUGCCGUGGAAACCUUGGACUUUGGGAUCAGACUGCCGCACUCGAGUGGGUUCAGGAGAACAUUCAAAGCUUCCGAGGCGACCCUGAUAAUGUUACAAUCUUUGGCCAAAGUGCAGGUGGAGCAUCUGUGGAUCUGCUUUGCCUAUCGCCGCACUCGAGGGGAUUGUUCAAUCGGGCGAUUCCGAUGGCAGGGAAUGGAGAAUGUGAUUUUGCGAUGCGGACUAGUGAGCAGCAGGCUCAGUUGUCGAGGGAGUUUGCGAGAUACCUUGGAUGGGAAGGAGAUGACAACGACAGUGAAGACCUUCUCCAAUUCAUCGACCAGCAACCCCUUUACAAGAUCGAGAUGGGCAUAAACCCGAAAAGAGGAUUCAAGCAUUCCCAGGCUGGAAGCUUGUAUUUUGUGCCAAACUUUGACGGCGACUUCUUCCCGAAACCACUUAACCAGCUUAGAAAAGAAGCUCCAAAGAUGCAAAUAAUGACAGGAACCACCAAGUACGAGGGUCUAUUUUUCAUCGCCCUCGGUGCCUUAUCGAAAAAUCCGGAAGGAAUUAAAAAGUUCAUGGGAAGAAUCUUUAAAGAAUGCGACUAUGGAGAGCGUGCUGACGAUGUGCUGCAGAUGGUCUACGACUUUUAUUUCAAGGGGGUACAUCCCAAGGAUCAUGAGAAGAAUAUGCAUCAGAUUGUGAAGUUCAUUGGAGACUAUUCUAUCAACUAUGGUACAUACCGUCUGGCUAACAUUAUGACGGAUCUUCAACACGAUGUAUACUUCUAUCAGUUUGACUAUCAUAACUCUGCAGGAUUCGGAGUGUUCCGGUGGCUUCUUCCGUUUUUGGGCUCCACACAUUGCACGGAAAUGAGAUAUGUGCUCGGCAAAGGAAUAAUCUCGAAAUUCCGACCAAAUGAUAAUGAUAAGAAGAUGCUUCACGUUAUGACAACUUAUUUUACAAAUUUUGCAAAAUAUGGAAACCCUAAUGGAGAAAACCAGGAGACUGGAGAAUGGCAAAAGCACGACUCGGCACACCCGUUCCGCCAUUUCAAGAUUGAUCUGGACGAUUCUGAAAUGGUUGAGGACUAUCAGGAACGGAGAGCCGAGCUAUGGGAUAAACUGAGAGCAUUAAAUGUUAGCAGGGCUCAGAUGUGAAAUUGCUGUUAUUUUUACUUGAUUGAUUUUACGGGUUUAUAAAUAUUUUUGAUUUGU